UUGGUGGACUGAUUAUUAUUUUAAGCGACUUUUCUUGGGAGACUUCUGAGUUUACUCCAGAUUUAUAUAUGCAUUGCAGUUUAUUGUUUAAUUCAAUAUUUUAAAAUAUGAAGAUGGAAUAUCAUAUUCUUCUCAUGAAAUAUUUAUUGAGCUUCCUGUUAUGUUCAUCUCUUACAGUUCUAGCUCAACAAAAUCAGUCUAAUAUAAAGCUGGGAUCUUCCCUUUCACCCACAGGAAAGCACUCAUGGCUAUCAGCUUCUGGUCUCUUUGCCUUCGGAUUUUAUCCGGAAGGCAAUGGCUACGCUGUUGGAGUUUUCAUGUCUGGAGUCCCGGAGAAAACUGUCGUCUGGACAGCCAACAGAGAUAACCCACCAGUUCCAGGAAAUUCUACCUUGCUGUUCAAUACUGAAGGCAGGCUGGUGCUGCAAACGAUUGCAGGCCAAGAUACGGAUAUAGCUGCUUCAGGUUCUGGGGUCUCUUCAGCUUCUAUUCUUGAUUCUGGCAACUUUGUGCUUUAUAAUUCUGAUAAAGUGGUUGUGUGGCAGACUUUUGAUCGGCCAACCGAUACAAUUUUGCCAACCCAACAGCUCCCAGAAAAUAGGGACAUGUUUGCAAGUGUUUCAGACACCGACCAUUCAACCGGGAUAUUCCGGCUUAAAAUAAUGCCCGGAGAUGGAAACCUCGUGCAGUUUCCAAAGGAUGGUGCUGACAUGACUGAAUAUGAUUAUUGGAAUACUGGUACAUCUGGAUUUGGUGCUAAUGUUUCACUGAAUCUUGGUGUUGAUGGCCAUCUUUACCUGCUAAAUGGCACGGGCUUCAUCAUAAAGAAUCUUACAGAGCCUCAAAAGAAAGGGAUGAUCUAUUUCAUGAAGCUUGAUUAUGAUGGGAUUAUCCGAUUAUAUUCACACAAUUUGACUAAACAAAAUUCCAAGUCAUUUUUGUGGGAGUCUUCGAAAGAUAAGUGUGUCCCCAUGGGUCUAUGCGGGUAUAAUAGUUUCUGUGUUUUAAAUGACCAGAGCCCUGAGUGCAGAUGUCUUCCAGGAUUUGUUUCUGUUAACCAAACUAAUCGAACUGCUGGCUGUGAGAUAAAUUUCAGAUCAGAAAGUUGCAUCAACAGGCCUGGAACGGUCACAUCUUCUAUUGAACAAGAGGAAAAUACUGUCUGGGAAGAUUCUUCAUAUUUAGUUCUGUCACAAACAACGACAGAAGACUGCAAACAAGCAUGUUUGUUGAACGGAAAUUGCGAAGCUGCACUAUUUACUGAUGGCCAAUGCCGCCUGCAAAAGCUUCCUUUAAGAUUUGGGAGAAGAAAUCUCAACACUGGUUCAAAGAAUAUUGCUUUCAUCAAGGUAUAUGCUAUUCCUUCCUCAGAUUGUACACAGCCUAAAGAAGGCAAGAAAGAGCUCCGAAGGGACAUCAUAACUAUAAUAAUCAGUUCAUUUGUUGUUUUUAUACUUAUUAUUUUGGCAAUUUUCGGAAUUGUCAUUUACAAAUACCAUGCUUCGUCAUACAAGAUAAUUCCCCAAAAUGGAAACACCAAAUAUUGUGAGGGCAUAGCUCCCAUGUUUUUCAAUUAUGCAGAAAUUGAAAAAAUGACUGAUUGUUUUAAAGAAGAAAUUGGCAGGGGAUCUUCAGGAAGAGUCUAUAAAGGGACUAUGCCAAAUUACCAGAAGUUUGUAGCUGUCAAGAGAUUUGAGAAGGUUUCAUCUGAUUGGGAAAAGGAGUUCUUGAAUGAGAUUAAUGUAAUUGGAAGGACUCAUCAUAGGAACCUUGUUCAUCUCAUCGGCUGUUCCAUUCUUGGUCCCAACAAGGCCUUGGUAUAUGAAUACAUGCCAAAUGGAUCUCUAGCUGAUUUACUUUUCACAAGUGAAAAACAACCUACUUGGGUUGAAAGAAUGGGAAUUGCUCGCGAUAUUGCAAGAGGCAUUUUGUAUCUUCAUGAUGAGUGCGAGACUCAAAUCAUCCAUUGCGAUGUAAAACCUCAAAACAUUCUCAUGGAUCAGAAUAGGUGUGCAAAAAUUUCUGAUUUCGGAUUGGCAAAAUUAUUGAAACCAGACCAAACUAACACACUUACCGGAAUCAGAGGAACAAGGGGAUAUGUUGCACCAGAAUGGCAUCGAAAUAUGCCAAUUACAGCCAAAGUUGAUGUUUACAGUUUUGGAGUUGUGUUGCUAGAGAUCAUAUGUCGACGAAGAAGCAUGAACCAGAAUCUUGUAGAGGAUCAAGUAAUUCUUGAAGAUUGGGUAUACCAAUGUUUCAAGACGGGUCAGUUGUGUCAACUAAUAGAAGAUGAACAAGUUGAACUAAAACAAAUGGAGAGGAUGAUCAAAAUUGCCCUUUGGUGCAUUCUUGAUGAACCAUCACUGCGCCCUUCAAUGAAGAAAGUUCUACUUAUGCUGGAAGGUACUGUUGACAUUCCAGUCCCUCCAGAUCCAUCUUCUUAUCUUAGUUGCAUCUAGGAAAUAAAUUGUAAAUCGGCGUGUCGGUGAGCUUUGUAAUUUUUCAGUUAAAUGUCUAUUUUCCUCUGCUGUUAUAUAUCCCCUAUUAAUUGCAGAAAGCUUUCAUAUUUGUUAAUAAAUUUCUGGCAACAGUUUCAGUUUCUCUAGUUUGUGAAUGGUCUGCUAGAUCCUAAGCUGAAAUUACUGUUAAAAUCACUAGAGCUUUUACUUUGAUAUUUCUACAUUUAUGUUUAAAAAAAGUUGCAUUUAUGUUCAGAAUUCCAUUAUGUAAUUGUAAUGUAACAGUACUCUUCGUUUUGAUGCUACUAGUUGAUUGAAGAAUAUUACAGAACUGUAGUUGCUCUG